CCCGCAGCUGCAGCGGAUCCUGGAGCGCGUGCGGAGCGGUGCCGACUUCAUGCCUGGCUGGCAGGCGAGCCGGGUGCUCUCGGAGGAGCUGGGAAGCAGCUGGCGGGACAAGGUGGCCGCCUUUGAGGAAACUCGUCUCUUUGCCGACAAUGCUUUGCGCGUCCUGCGGAAGGAGCUGGAAUGGGAAUGCGACUAUCGCCGCGAAGCCGGAUGCGCCCGGACAUUCUGGCGGCUGCUCCGGGAAGAGCCGUUCUUCGUGGUGCCGCGCGUCAUCGAGGAGCUGAGCACCGCGCGCGUGCUCAGUAUGGAGCUGGGAAGCGGUGUCCCACUGGAUCAGUGCCGGGAGCUACGCCAGGAGCUGCGGGACGAGAUCGGCUCCCAGCUCCUGCGCCUCUGCCUGCGGGAGCUCUUCGAGUUCCGCUUCAUGCAGACGGAUCCCAACUGGGCCAACUUCAUUUACGAUGCCGGGAAGCACCAGGUGACCCUGGUGGACUUUGGAGCCAGCCGCUCCUUCCCGAAGGAAUUCACAGAUCACUACAUCGAGGUGGUGAGAGCCGCGGCUGACGGCGACCGGGACAAGGUGCUGCGGAAAUCCAGGGAUCUCAAGUUCCUGACGGGAUUCGAGACCAAGGCGUUCGAGGCGGCGCAUGUGGAUGCUGUGAUGAUCCUGGGCGAAGCCUUCGCGUCUCCGGAGCCCUUCGACUUCGGAGCGCAGAGCACGGCGCGCCGCAUCCGGGCGCUGGUGCCGGCCAUGCCCCGGGAGCGCCUGGUGCCGCCGCCGGAGCCCAGCUAUUCCCUGCACCGGAAAAUGGCCGGAUCCUUCCUGGCAUGCGCCCAGCUCCAGGCCCGCGUGCGCUGCCAGAGCCUCUUUGAUGACGUCUACAGCCGGUAUUGGGAACACCGGGAGCAGCCGGGAUCUCCCGGAGCCCCGGCCCAAACCUAG